AUGUACAGAGUUGCCAAGUCCGUUAACAAUGGUGGAACUACGCAAAAGAUUAGGGAACAAUUGAAUUUUUCCGAUGAGAAGAAGUGGAAAAGGUUCUCCGGUAGAAGGCUUGAAUUGAUUGAUAAAUUCGGGCUUAGUGAAAGGAAAGCUAGUGAACAGGAUGACAACAUUCGUCAAAUUGCUACGAUCCUGAGAACGGAGUUUGGUUAUCCUUUGAAUUCUGCUAGUGAGUUCGAAAAAUUAGUAACUGCAGCAGUGCAAUCGGUUCGUAGGAACCGUAAGAGAUCCAAGAAACGGGGGCCUACCUCGCCCUCUGGUUUGCCCUCUCCGAACCAUACUACAGUCUCUGCAUCGGAGGACGACGAUUCAAGGACUAAUUCCCCCAACAACUUGCCUCAACAAGCUGCACCGGCGCACGUGAUCCUGCCUGCCAUACAACCAAAGGUCUCCAUUCCUUCAUCAGUGGCUAGUAUUCCCGUUGUUCAGUCUCAGCAGCGGUAUGAUGAUAAUGUGAAGGGUAUUAUAGCCGAUAUGGUCAAUUGUGUAGUUCCGUUGUCCGAACAGUCGCAGAGAGAUCAGUCCAACGGACCUAAUUUGACCGAUUUUGCCUUGUCUUCAAACGAUCAGAAUUUGUUAUCGUUAGGUCUGCACUCUCAAGUUGGUAAUGGUGGUAGUGCGUCUUCGAAUAAUACUGAUAUACCAUUCUUCUUGCGAGAAAAAAUAUUAUUGCAAAUCCAGAGAUCGGGUACAUGCUCCAAAGUUGCGUGUGUUCCCGGCUCAGUCGAUUUGUUCUCGAAUUUAGAGAUCCUCGGUGAAAUGUGUAUCAAAUCCGCUAUUGCGUUUGUCAUCGAGCGGUUUUUUUCAAAUUUGAUGCCUUCAUCUAUGGAAUAUAUCACUUCGAAGACAUACUCCGAAGAAUCAUUGUCUUUACUCUGUACCAAAUUGUUUGGGCCCGCAACAAAGCGGAAUUUGAACCAAUUGCCCCAUACACAGGUCCAACUAAAACUGUUGCACCUGGUGAUGGGUGCUAUCGUCAAAGAUUUUGGAUUUGAUCCCUGCCUAUACCCGUUGAGCGAAGUGAUACACCACUUGGUCAUGAAUCAAUACCCAUUACUUUACAAUAGCAGCAAUUCCACUUCGGAACCAAAGAACCAGCGCGCCGCUAUUCUCUCUUCAUUGUCGAUGAAACCACAAGUUGCAAAUCAGGAUGUGAACAAGAAAGUAUUGCUUAGGUUCAAGGAUCGUGAACAACUCUUUACGUUCCACCUAUUGAGUAACGGACCGCCUACUGUAAGCGAGAUUCUCGAAAAUUCACAAUCGCUAUUCCACAUCUUUUCCAAAACCAAAUCGUUGGCAUUGUGUCAUCAAGGUGAAAUCAUACACGAUGAUUUUCAAUUAGCCAAAUUAUUUAACAGCUUGUCCGAGGAUUACAUUGUGCUUGAGUUGAAAGAAGUCGAUUCACACUUAGACGGACUUAACAUUCUAAGCACAGCUUCCCUACAAGUAAAGAAAGAAAACCAUACCCCCUCGACCUCGCGCGUCGAUAUGUUGGACAAGAUUAUCAAUCGAAUCAACAAGAAUCCACAAAACGAACCUGUGGAUGUACCCUCAGUGGUAAGUACGGGAAAGUUCCAGGAUAAAAACUUACCACAACCGGUUUUCCAACCGUUAUUAUAA